CUGACACCACCAAAAUAUAUUCACCCACAAACACCAAAUGUGCUGUCAGAGUUUGUUCUGAAGACACUGGAGCUCAACGGAAUAAUAUAACUGCCUUAAUUUCAUCAGCAGCAGACAGAAUGACGGUUCCUGAAGGGAUUCCUCUGCUUCUGUUUGUUCUUACGGUUACGGUCUUCUGCACCAGCUCAAAAGAAAAGUUAAUAACUGUGCCUGAAAAACCAGAAGAAAUUAAUGAAGGAUCAUGUGUGACCAUCCCCUGUGCUUACAAAAAAGAAAAUGACGAAACAUCUACACUGUUGUGGUUUAAAGAUCCAAAAUAUGAGUCACAAAUGUAUAUCGGGACUAUUGUAUACAGUAACACAGAGAAACGUCCCCAGUCACCAGAUUACUCCAGCAGAGCUGAAUACAUCACCAAUGCAACAUCACUGAAGCAGCAAACACACCAGGAUGACAACUGGAUAAAAUGUGAUUUAAGAAUCACCGAUCUUCAAAAGACAGACAGUGGGAAAUACAUGUUUAGAUUUAUUUAUUCCACGACUAAGUUCAUGAGUGAUGCUCUGACUCUCACGGUUACAGACAAUCCUUGUAAGGUGCACAUUGAACCAUCAGAGCUGAUAAAUCCACUCCAAGAGUCAGAAGAGUUGACUGUUCGCUGUUCCACAUCUGGUUUCUGUGAUUCUUAUCCUGAAUGGCUCAUCCAUACAUCAGGACAAAAGCAAGAAUGGGUUUCCUCCUUGACAACUGAUAUGAUCAGACUGACUGAAGAGGAAGGAGGAGACCGAAAGGUCACCAAAUUAAAGCUCAAUGUGACAUGGAAAGAUGACAACCGCACUCUGUCUUGUCGUCCAGCGAAGAGUGAGGACAGCUGCCAGAUCAGAAAUAUCACACUGUCUGUGGAAUAUGCUCCUAAAGACACAAAGGCAACCGUGAGCUCUGAAGAUGUAAAGGAGGGAGGUUCAGUCACUCUCUCCUGCAGCAGCGCAGGACGCCCUGAUGUCAGCUUCACAUGGUUCAGAAACGAGAAAACAGAACAAGUUCAACAAACGUCUAACUUGACACUAACUAGUGUGAAACCAGAAGACAGUGGAGAAUAUUACUGUGAAGCUAAAAACACGCUUGGAGAAAAGAAAUCAAAUAUCAUUCAAAUUGAUGUGAAGUAUGGUCCACAAGGCGUCACAGUUCAUCCUCUGGACAGUGUUACAGAUCUCAAAGAGGGAGGCAAACUAAAACUGAAGUGUUCAGUCCAGAAAAGUAACCCAACAGUCAAUCAGUUUACAUGGUACAAAAAUUCCCAAGCCCUGUAUAAAACCGGCGAAACACUCAUCAUCAAUGAAGUUACUGCAGAGGACAGAGGAUCUUACCAGUGUCAGGCUGAUAAUGGGAUAAAAACUGUGAAAUCAAAUGACCUCUGGGUUUCUGUAAUGUAUUCACCAAGAAACAUCAAAAUCGAGGGCUCUGCCUCUGUAAAAGUGGGCACUCCACUGACUUUGACGUGCUCAGCUGAUGCUAACCCUCCGUCACACAUGUACACAUGGAAGCACAAACCUGGACUGUCUUCUUUCCCGUUAUCAAUAGAAACUAGACAGUUAAAUAUUGAGAAUGUGACCAUUCAACAUGCAGGGCAGUACACAUGUGAUGUUACCAACACUAUUGGCACAAGAUCACGCACCAUUACAGUUGGUGUGCUUUAUCCUCCAUCUAAUCUCAGUUUGAUCAUGAAGGAGGAAGUGAGAGAGUUUGAAGUGAUCUCCAUUAUCUGCUCGGUUCAAAGCUUUCCUGACUCACAGCUCACAGUGACAGGACCUCGGGGUGAUCUGAAAUCUGUUCAGAAGAAUCGAGUGAACAGCACUGCAUCGGCAAACAUGUUGACUCUAUACUUCAAUGUCUCUGAGUCAGAUGCAGGGAUGUACACAUGCAAAGCAGAAAAUUCAGAAGGAAAUUCAGAAACUAAACGAGAGCUAAUUGUGUUGCAUGCACCUAAAAAUGUGAGUGUAAGCUCUAAAGGAGAACAGAAAUCUGGGAGUGAGCUGACCCUUACAUGUGAGGCUCACUCCAAACCUGCUCCAUCCUCAUAUGAGUGGAAGAAACACUUUGAUGGGGGAAUAAACACUGUCGGACAUGAACAGGAACUACAAUUUACCUCUCUGAAAGUCACUGAUUCUGGUCAGUACGUCUGUAUUGCUCAUAAUUCCAUUGGAAAAACAGAAUCCACAUCUGUAGAGAUCAAGGUCAAGUAUGCUCCAAACACGAAUAUUGUCCAUAACAUGACAAUCUUUACUCAGUGGAAUUGGGAGAUUCCAGUCCGUCUGACCUGCAGUGCAGAUGCGUAUCCUCCCGUCACUGAGUACAAAUGGUACAGAGAGGAGGACAACACCACGGUAGUAUCAGAACAGCAGAACUUCACUGUUUGGCAAAAGAGCCCAGGAAUGUAUUACUGUACAGCAGCCAAUGCUAUCGGAAAAUCACAAUCCAAAAGCAUCAAGUUAUUUAUCAGCAGCAACUUUCUCAUGCUCUAUCACAUCAUCUUUCUCCUGCUGAUUUUCACUGGUGCGACCAUCUACCUGAUACACAGGUUAAUCAUCAAGCCAAGAUUUGAUCAACAAAGUGAAACAGAUCCUUUCUACCUUUUCCCGUUCCCAUCCGAAACUACUACAACUGUAUAUUACUAUGGAACUGUCAGCAAAAAUAGCAGCGAAAAAAAAAAUUCAGCAGACAGAAUGACGGUUCCUGAAGGGAUUCCUCUGCUUCUGUUUGUUCUUACGGUCUUCUGCACCGGCUCAAAAGAAAAGUUAAUAAUUGUGCCUGAAAACACAGAAGAAAUUAAAGAAGGAUCAUGUGUGACCAUCCCCUGUGCUUACAAAAAAGAAAAUGACGAAACAUAUACACUGUUGUGGUUUAAAGAUCCAGAAUAUGAUGACAAGUCAAAAAUGUAUAUUGGGACUAUUGUAUACAGUAACACAGAAAAACGUCCCCAGUCUAAAGAUUACUCCAGCAGAGCUGAAUACAUCACCAAUGCAACAUCAACGAAGCAGCAAACACAGCAGAAUAACAACAGGAUAAAAUGUGAUUUAAGAAUCACCGAUCUUCAAAAGACAGACAGUGGGAGAUACGGGUUUAGAACUAUUGGUUCAUCUAAGUUCAUGAGUGAUGCUCUGACUCUCACAGUUACAGACAAUCCUUGUAAGGUGCACAUUGAACCAUCAGAGCUGAUAAAUCCACUCCAAGAGUCAGAAGAAUUGACUGUUCGCUGUUCCACAUCUGGUUCCUGUGAUUCUUAUCCUGAAUGGCUCAUCCACACAUCAGGACAAAAGCAAGAAUGGGUUUCCUCCUCGUCAACUGAUAUGAUCAGACUGACUGGAGAGGAAGAAGAAGACAGAAAGGUCACCAAAUUAAAGCUCAAUGUGACAUGGAAAGAUGACAACCGCACUCUGUCUUGUCGUCCAGCGAAGAGUGUGGACAGCUGCCAGAUCAGAAAUAUCACACUGUCUGUGGAAUAUGCUCCUAAACACACAAAGGCAACCAUGAGCUCUGAAGAUGUAAAGGAGGGAGGUUCAGUCACUCUCUCCUGCAGCAGCGCAGGACGCCCUGAUGUCAGCUUCACAUGGUUCAGAAACGAGAAAACAGAAAAAGCUCAACAAAUGUCUGACUGGACACUAACUAGUGUGAAACCAGAAGACAGUGGAGAAUAUUACUGUGAAGCUAAAAACACGCUUGGAGAAAAGAAAUCAAAUAUCAUUCAAAUUGAUGUGAAGUAUGGUCCACAGGGCGUCACAGUUCAUCCUCUGGUCAGUGUUACAGAUCUCAAAGAGGGAGACCAGCUAAAACUCAAGUGUUCAGUCCAGAAAAGUAACCCAACAGUCAAUCAGUUUACAUGGUACAAAAAUUCCCAAGACCUGCAUAAAACCGGCGAGACACUCAUCAUCAGUGAAGUUACUGCAGAGGACAGAGGAUCUUACUAUUGCCAGGCUGAUAAUGGGAUAAAAACUGUGAAAUCAGAUGUCCGCAGGGUUUCUGUAAUGUAUUCACCAAGAAACAUCAAAAUCGAGGGCUCUGCCUCUGUAAAAGUGGGCACUCCACUGACUUUGACGUGCUCAGCUGAUGCUAACCCUCCGUCACACAUGUACACAUGGAAGCACAAACCUGGACUGUCUUCUGUCCUGUUAUCAAUAAAAACUGGACAGUUAAACAUUGAGAAAGUGACCAUUCAACAUGCAGGGCAGUACACAUGUGAUGUUACCAACACUAUUGGCACAAGAUCAUGCACCAUUACAGUUGGUGUGCUUUAUCCUCCAUCUAAUCUCAGUUUGAUCAUGAAGGAGGAAGUGAGAGAGUUUGAAGUGAUCUCCAUUAUCUGCUCGGUUCAAAGCUUUCCUGACUCACAGCUCACAGUGACAGGACCUCAGGGUGAUCUGAAAUCUGUUCAGAAGAAUCGAGUGAACAGCACUGCAUCUGCAAACAUGUUGACUCUAUACUUCAAUGUCUCUGAGUCAGAUGCAGGGAUGUACACAUGCAAAGCAGGAAAUUCAGAAGGAGAUUCAGAAAUUAAACAAGAGCUAAUUGUGUUGCAUGCACCUAAAAAUGUGAGUGUAAGUUCUAAAGGAGAACAGAAAUCUGGGAGUGAGCUGACCCUUACAUGUGAGGCUCACUCCAAACCUGCUCCAUCCUCAUAUGAGUGGAAAAAACGCUUUAAUGGGGGAAUAGACACUGUCGGAGAUAAACAGGAACUACAAUUUACCUCUCUGAAAAUCACUGAUUCUGGUCAGUAUGUCUGUAUUGCUAAUAAUUCCAUUGGAAAAACAGAAUCCACAUCUGUAGAGAUCAAGGUCAAGUAUGCUCCAAACAUAUAUAUUCUCCAUAACAUGACAACUUUAACUCAGUGGAAUUGGGAGAUUCCAGUCCGUCUGACCUGCAGUGCAGAUGCGUAUCCUGCCGUCACUGAGUACAAAUGGUACAGAGAGGAGGACAACACCACGGUACUAUCACACCAGCAGAACUUCACUGUUUGGCAAAAGAGCCCAGGAAUGUAUUACUGUACAGCAGCCAAUGCUAUCGGAAAAUCACAAUCCAAAAGCAUCAAGUUAUUUAUCAGCAGUAACUCUCUCACGGUGUUCUACCAGAUCUUCUUACCCAUCAUUCUCCUAUUGAUUCUCAUUGUUGUGGCCAUCUUUCUGAUACGCAGGACUAUCGUCAAGGCAAGAUCAAAUCAGCAAAGUGGAGCAGAUAAUCCAUUGUGCUUUUUUCCAGCAUUCCUGUCACGCUCUUCAACAGUGACAAGCUUACUUUUAUUGGGAUCACGUAAUAAUACCCAGGAAAAUCUGUCUGCGGAGGAUAUUCCUGAUCCAGGUUACGGAAGGGUUGGUCAAUCACGUCCAACACCCCAUUCCCAAGAUCCUACACAAGUCCGAGACCUUGAUCCAAGGCCGAAAUCUAAUAUCCACACGGUGUACGCUGCUAUUAAACUGCCACAAAUGAAACCGGGAAAACAGUCCCCCAAACAAGAAAAAACUGGAUAUAUGGACAAUGACGCAGCUACCCUAAACUAUGUCACUCUUGAUUUCAAGGGACAAAAUGAGCCAGGAAAAAGAGUACCUGACAGUUCAUCAGUAUACGCUGUGGUGUCAAAGAAUAAGCAGACAACGAAUUCCCAAACAGAAAAUCCAGAUUAUGAGAAUGUUUCUUCUGCAUGUGUGCCAAAGCUUCCAUUCACAAAUAUGGACUGGGAUUCUGAUACCAGUGAAGAAGAUGAGGUGAAUUACUCCACUGUGUCUUGUUCUGCCAAGCCUGCUGCUAAUCAACCCAAACAUAACCAGAAGAGCCGCCAUAGCAGUUCAAGCUCUGAUGAAGAAGACAGAACUGUAUAUUCAGCCAUAAAAGCAUAGAAACAAGGACUGUCCAACUUAAGUAUAAAUACCAAGUGUUUUAUUCUUAAUUUGUAUUAUACUUAUAUUUUUAUUCUAUAUAGUGUUAUUUUAAAGUGAAAAUAUAUAAACAAUGAUUCUAUAAGA